CCUGCGCGCUCUUCGCUGCACCCGCCGUCCGCUGCCCCGCACCAGCCGCCCCGGACCGACCCGGCCCGGCCCGGCUGGACGCUGUCCACCUGAGGGAGCCCGCGCCUCCUGCCCGCCCGAUCCUCUGCCCGCCCCGCGAGCCGAGCACCUGUGCCAGGAGCCCAGUCAAGUCAGCUGAGACGGGAUCUGCACAGCAAGCACCAUGAGUAUCUCAGCUCUCGGAGGCGGCGCUAAAGGGAAGGCCCUACCACCUGGCGAGGAGGAACGCAACAAUGUCCUCAAGCAGAUGAAGGUUCGAACCACGCUCAAGGGGGACAAGAGCUGGAUCACCAAGCAGGAUGACUCGGAGGGAAACUCGGAGGGCCGCACCCUAGAGCUGCCCUCUGGUCGGAGUCGUGCCACAUCCUUUUCAUCGGCUGGGGAAGUCCCGAAGGCUAGGCCUCCAAGCACAAGGGCUCCCACUGGCUAUAUCAUCCGGGGAGUGUUCACCAGGCCCAUAGACAGCUCGUGCCAGCCCCAGCAGCACUUCCCCAAGGCCAACGGAGCUCCAAAAAGCGCAACCGGUCUGCUGAGAGCCACUCCUGCUGGACCUCCCCGCCCCUCCUCCUCUGGCUAUAAGAUGACCACUGAGGAUUACAAGAAGCUGGCACCCUACAACGUCCGCCGUAGCUCCGCUUCGGGGGCCGCUGAAGAGGAGGAGGUGCCCUUCUCAUCUGAUGAGCAGAGGCGGAGGUCAGAGGCCGCAAGCAGCGUGGUGAGGAAGACGGCUCCCCGCGAGCACUCUUAUGUUCUGUCAGCAGCCAAGAAGAGCACCAGCAGCCCUACCCAGGAGAUGCAGGCCCCGUUCAUUGCGAAGAGGGUUGAGGUGGUGGAUGAGGACAGGCCUUCUGAGAAGAGCCAAGACCCACCUGCUCUAGCAAGUUUCCCUCCUGGCUCAAGGAGUACAAGAGGUGAGGAGAUUGUCCGCCUGCAGAUCACGACACCUGGAGCAGGACUCCACCUGAUGGCCCCAGACCUGGAAGGAAUGAGUUUUUCCCCAGGCUCCAAAGACAAAGAGGUCCCCAGCCUUAGAGAGGCCAAGAGAGACUUGGUUGGUGAGGAGGCCUGCAAGAGCCCCAGUCUAGACCCUGAAAGGUCAAGUGUACAGUCAAGUGAUGGCAAUGUGGGAUCCAGAGCCAUGGGCUUCCUACCUGAAGUCUUGACUGGAGCAGACAUUGGCUCUGAGAGAGGAAGUUCCAGUACUACUCUGGCCUCUGCUGGACCAGCUGAUCAGAAGAGUGACAGUCCAGCAGACCUGGAGGACAGAGAGGCACACCUGAAGGGCACCUUGGCUUGUUCUGAAGAGAAGAAUGUGGCUGCCAAGGUGGGAGAGACCUGGCAGGAGAAGCCCGCAGCCCUGAGAGGUGGCCAGGGAGACCCAGCUGCACCCUCCCAGCAGCCUGCAUCCCCCAGGACCCCAGAGCCACAGAGCAGCCCCAGAAGACCUGAGCAGCUUGUGGAACUGGACAGCCAGGCCAGCAGCACCUUGGCUGGUUCUGAAGAGAAGAAUGUGGCUGCCAAGGUGGGAGAGACCUGGCAGGAGAAGCCCGCAGCCCUGAGAGGUGGCCAGGGAGAUCCAGCUGCACCCUCCCAGCAGCCUGCACCCCCCAGGACCCCAGAGCCACAGAGCAGCCCCAGAAGACCUGAGCAGCUUGUGGAACUGGACAGCCAGGCCAGCAGGAUAAGAAACCCCUCGGAUUGUAUGGUCACUGUUACCGUCACUGCCUCUCCUGAGCAGCCUCAUGUUUAUGUCCCAGCCUCUCCAAGUGAAUUGGACUCCAGUUCAUCCAGCAAAGGGAUUCUCUUUGUGAAGGAAUACGUGAAUGCUAGUGAGGUAUCCUCCGGGAAGCCAGUGUCUUCAUGCUACAGCAGUAUUAGAAACACUGGAGACUCAUGUGACGUGGAGAAGAAACCUGAAUGUGACAGCUCUCUGUACUCUGAGAGAAUAAGUGGAAGGAUCUGUACUUACUGCAACCAGGAGAUCAGAGACUGUCCAAAGAUUACCCUAGAGCAUCUUGGCAUCUGCUGCCAUGACUAUUGCUUUAAGUGUGGGAUUUGCAGUAAACCAAUGGGUGAGCUCCUGGAUCAGAUCUUCAUCCACCGCGACACCGUCCAUUGCGGGAAAUGCUAUGAGAAGCUCUUCUAGCUCUUCCAAGCUGAGAAGCUGAUGAGUCCUGGACAAGUUUGGCUGUCCCCAGUUGCCCCAAGUUGCUGGCUCCUCUUCCCUCACUUUCUCCCUCCCCAUUUGAUUUCUUCGUGCUUUUGCCCCUCUCUCAAGUUGAACUGCUUACAUCCAGUAGAGUAUCUUAAUGAUGCUAUGAUAAUUACUUAUGUGUGUAGCUUUUUAUAACUCAGAAAGCACUUUAUGUCCAUGGCCUUAUUUCAGGCCCAAGAAAAAAGGAUUGAACAAGAAUUUAAUCUUAGCUUUCCUAAGACAGGUUGGCCUCCUGAUGAGUUAAGGUGGCCUGGUACGAUAGGCAGGAGCAUGGGUUUCAGUGUGUCCUGACUUUUGGGACAGAGAGCAAACCCACAUUCUACGUCACAGCUCUAAGUAUGUCUUUGGGACUUGAAAGCAGGAGAUCCCCUGAAGCUUCUGAGGGGCCAGGUUGAAGAUCUUUGAUGAUGUCUGGUGGGUAAAUUGCAGACGUUGAAUGCUAGGGAUUGGCAUGUAUUUCAUAUAUAUAUAUAUAUAUAUAUAUAUAUAUAUAUAUAUAUAAAAUUUUUUUAACUUUCCAUACACAUUUAGAAGUAGCUAGUUGCUUUUGAGUGAAUUAUACAGCAGAUUUUAAUUAUCUUCUCCUUCCCACUUUUCACUAUAAAUUGAGGUUUUUUUCUUUUCCUAUAGGCAUGUGGACAUGUAUUAGACAACCUAUACAGUUAAGUUUAAAUUCCAUAGGGUGUGAUCCUUAGAAGGCCACUGGCCGAAGAAACUUCUGUGUCUGAAUCUUCAUAAUUGAUUAAUACCUUUGCCCUCGAUUCCCAAUAGUUACAGGGAAAUCUUCUAAAGUAGGUUUUAUGGUGUAUAGACUCCAGCAGGAUUAAGAAAGGAGGAAAGUGGUUAACAUUUCUCAAGGCCUUACUACAUACCAGGCGUUGUCACAAAGGGAUGGCAUUAAUUCUCAUACUAAUCCUAUGCACAGGGUAUUCUUGUCCCCAAUUUACAGAUGAAGAUAUUGAGGCUCGGAAGGUGGUCAUUGCAUUGUUUGGAUCCAUUACUCUCUCUCUCCAGAACCCAUGUUCUCUUUAGUAACAGUGAGCACAAUACCAAGCAUUGAUUUAGUAGUGACUGUGUACUGGGCAGUAUGUGUAUCUCAUUUUACCAGGUAACACUGCCCUCCACAGGCCUCCCCUGAGGCAUACUCUUCUUACAAAGACAGGAAAGUAUUAAAUCAUGCUUCUCCUCUGGGCAUCCUAGGUCUCCCCAUAAAGUACCACAAAUGCCAAACAGCCCGCCCUCCCUCUCCUCCCCUUUCCAUGAAAACAAUUCUGAACUAAGAUGCUCUUCUGAACUCAGAUUUCUCUGCUGGAUAGAGAUUUGACUCACAGACCUUCCCAAAGAAGAGCUUGUCAAUGCAGGGAAACCCCAGUAAGCUAACUGAUCUGAGCCCAGGGCCUUCAGUAACUUAUUUUUCACUACAGACUAUCCCAAGAUAGCAGCAACUACUGGCUCCCAGGUGCCUGGAACACAGAAACAUGUUGGUUGUCUAAACAGAUUGCAGGCCCAUCCAUGACUCUGCUCACGUUCAACUAAGCUUCUCUGCCCUUGGGACCAGCAUCCCUGUGUAAGGUCCUUGAGAGAAGAAACAACCUGCGACUUUUUCUGAUGAAAAAUGAGGGUAUCUUCUCUUGAUUUGAUUAGAAAAUUUCCCCAUCUCUCUCCAGUUUGUGAGUCCUGUGCACACUGGGUGGUGGAUUUGUCUUCCCACCAAAUGAUCAGAGGGGAACGCCCCAUUGAUUUGCAUAGGUGUGCAUUAGAUUCGCACUGGAGGGGAAACGUUGUACAAUAUGUCAUGUACCAACACUGAAUGUGAGCUGGUAUUACUCAAGUGUAGCCCACACGAUGGGACUUGGCUCUUAGGAGACACUGAAUGAAUGAGUAAAAGAGAAAGAAAGCCUGCUCCUUAUUGUGGGCCAUACCAACCCUGAGUCAGUUGAUGGAGUACAGGAUAAAGAGGUCCAAGAUAGGCUGACUUCUCCACCUUUAAGAUACACUUAGCCUUUAAAGGGGUUUUAGAGUCAAUAUGCAAGAAAUUGAAAGAAAGCUUGUAAAAUCAACAUUGAUUUUCUAUUCAAAACAGCCCCUUUCAUGUCUAAAAAGGCACAGAAUUCGGCAGAUUUAAGAAAUGUGGUUGCAUUAUAUUUUUGCUUCUUUUUAAUUGUCUAGUGUUUUAAUCAUAUUUACUUAACCCAGAUUAAUGUACACAAUUAAAAUAAAUGUUGAGAUAUUACAAGUGUCAAUGUUAAGGUUUCCUUUCUUUGAGUGUACUAACUUGGUGUAUUUGCCGGUGUGAUUUGUUUUCUCCUAUUACCUGAAGCCAUUCUUCUUUUUUUCUUUAAAGAUUUUAUUUAUUUUAUUUGUUUGUUUAUUUAUUUAUGAGAGAGAAAGAGUGAUCAAGAGAGAGCACAAGCUGGUGAGGAGGAGGCAGAAGGAAAAGGUCAUUCUGCCUGUGGACAGGUCCAGUUUCAGAAAAUGCAUUCUUGGGUGCCUGGGUGGCUCACU